AUUCUCUGCCCCCCGUCCCUGCCUCUGUUAUUCUUUCUCUCUUUCUAUAGCUCUCCCCCUGAAGAGAACACUGUCCCUGGAGUGACCUUUUCUUAAUGAGCCUCAGAUCACGAGUCAGGAAAAGAGCUUUCAGUUCAGUAUCUUCAGAACAAAGUAGGCAUCACAUUGCAAGUCUCUGGGCAGAGCCAGCGAGUGAGAAGGAGAGAGAGGACAGAAAAACAAGGCAACGUUCAUCUACUUCUACCUUCCAAACUUAAAAAUGCAGCGGCAGUGGAUGAUGGGAGGACUCGUGUUGGUCCUGCUGGUUCUCUCAGCAAUGGCAGUGGAUGCUGGAAAGGCAGAGAAACCAGGCAAGAAGGAGCGGAAGUCAGACUGUGGGGAGUGGCAGUGGAGUGUCUGUGUGGCGAAUGUUGGGGACUGUGGCCUGGGAACAAGAGAGGGAACCCGCACAGGGAAUGAGUGCAAGCAAACCAUCAAGACCCAGAGGUGCAAGAUCCCCUGCAACUGGAAGAAGCAGUUUGGAGGUGAAUGCAAGUAUGACUUCCAGGCUUGGGGGGAGUGUGACCUGUCCACCGGCAAAAAGGCCCGCAUUGGAACCCUGAAGAGAGCCCUGCUGGAUGCUACCUGCCCUGACCCUGUCAGUGUGACCAAGCCCUGUGGAAAAACUGUCAAGACAAAACCACAAGAUUCUAAGAAGCCAAAACAUGAGGGAAAGAAGACGGACCGGACCCCUGUGGAAUAAUGUAGCCUUCGAAGAUGGGGAGGGAUCCUCUGGAUGUCUACUGUAACCUUUCUCAGUGACCCCCAGUUUGUAACUAGUUUCCCACCUGUGAUAAUGUAUGUCCGCUGUUCAGAGAAACUGUUCAGAGAGACUCUUAAAAAUAAAUAAAUAAAUAAAUAAAUAAACAGGAAAAAAAAUAUAUAGUUUUUUUAUUCUUUUUUUUUUUUUCUUAAAUUGAAAAUUAACGUAUAUUAGGGGGGGAAAAAGACCAGGUAAAAAAAAAGGACUUGCCUACCUAACUUGUUGUGUUUUUAUUUGAUUAUUUAAUUGCAUGAAAUGUGUGCUUUUAAAAAUGAAUCAUUCUAAAUAUUAAUAUUUUUCUAGCUUUCACCAUGAAUAGCUGGUGGAAGAUUUUGCAUCCUUUUGUAUUAUCUAUUAGUUGUGGUUUCAUAGCUGUUCCUUUUCUGGAUUAUCACACCUCACCCACUAUCUUGCUAAUUUUUUUCUUCUUGAACCAACACAUAUUCUAUAGAAUGACCAGCUGUAACCCACUGUGGUUCCAUUCUAAAGUGCUGAAUUCUCAGCCUUGGAAUAUCUGUACAAUAUUAGAAUGAGCUGUCAUUUUUGUUGCAGGGCACAUUGGCCCUGAAAUGUUUAAUAAAAUGCAUUCUCUUUUACGCAGUCGUGAGAAAGCAUGAUAGUAGAUGAUAAGAAAUUAAAUGCCAAAAAAGGCACUUUUUUUUGUAAAUCUAUUUACUGUUCUCCAUUUCAGAAGUGUUACUAAAUAUAUUUAGUUUUGUACAAUAAAUUACAUGCUUACUGUU